AGCGCUGCUGAAACCGCAAAUAAAAUUUUAUGCUGGGAGUUGAAAUUGAAACAGUUUUGGUUACAGCCAUCCUCCUAAAAGAGGUCUCACACGAUUGGACUACGGCUAUUAAUAACUAUUAAUUUUAUGAAUAGCUCAAUUAACAUAUAUACUUAUAUUUGUAUGUAUAUCGCGUAUAUAACAGAGUAGAAUAUUCGUAUAAUCGGCGAAGUUGUAACCAUCUGUUCCGGAGUACUAUCAUCAAUAACACUAAGAAAAUAUGAUGGGGCCAUGAGCCCGUCAUUAUUUGUAUUAAAUCCGAGUCGCAAGCGCGUCUCAAGCGGGCCUGCACCAUGCUAGCACCGCCGAACCCGAGGUCAAUAUGCGGCCAGGACCCGGGCUGGUCGUGAUGGCGCUUGCGUUUAUUUCGGGGGCUCGGCGUGGCAGCACCAGCACCAGUUCCAAAUCAUCAUCAUCGGCCACAUCAUCAUCAUCACCACCGGCUUUUUUCACUUCUACCGCAUCCGAUAAUGAUCUUGAACCUCUGACACCUUCUCUGCUAUUUCCAGCCUUCCUCGGCGGAGGCGGUGUGCUAACAUCAGCUAAUUCACGAUCAUUAUCUAAUCAUCCUCUUCAAGAUUCGGAAGGAGAAAUUCGCAAAGAGGAGUAUAACUACAUAUACAAUAGCCACAUAAACUUGCUCCCACUUGCAUCCGCAAGUGAUAGAUCAGUCCAAAGCGAUCAGCACCUUCGGUUGGAAACUCUAUCUGGCUUAAAAUCGUCUUCCCGUGCAACUAGACAAACGAGAAUAAUACGAAGUUUAAAAAUAGGUAAAAGAAAACUAAACGAAAAUAGACACGAAACCGAAGUCGACCGUGGGCGCGAUCGGGAAAGUGACAGCGUGGGUAACUCGGAAAGUGUGAUAGACCCUGAAAGUGGUAGCGGUAGUGGAAUAUACGAUGUUGAGGACAUCAUCCCAAAUGUGGAAGCAAAAACUAGCGCCAGUCUUUUAAUUGAUGAUACCGCCAUCAAUAUAAAUACUGAAAAAAUUUCCCUACGAUAUCCUACAAAUUCUGCGGAUACAUCACAAUCUUUGGACGAGGAUGAUAUCUUAGCGUUGGUGGCCGAGGAUGAUCUUCUAUCGGAAGAAUCAUUUGAUCGACUCACGAAAUUCACAGAUGACAAAAUUGGUUAUGUCAUUGUUGAUGAUUAUGAUGUAAAGGAGGACACAACUAGUGGUGUGAGUGAGGGCUUUUUAACUAAUGCUCCUGAAAAGAAACUACAAAAACCGCGGGACGUCAAAUACUUUAAAAAUGAGAAUAGUGAAAAUGGUACUGAAGAUCACUAUAAUUUUCAAAAUGAACAAGAACACAGAAAUGAAGAAGAAAAAACUAAUGUAAAGGAAAAUGCAAACCUAAAUAAAAACGGAAAAAAUUUCGUGGUACAUAAAGAAAACAACCAAAAUAAUUUAAGGGUGAUUGUCGAUACUUCGUUUGCGGCCGCGUUUAAUGAAAAUGGCUUGAGUCACACCAUUGCGACGGAUAAUGAGAGCAAUACUCGAAAUAUCAAUAGGUCAAUAUUCGAAAGCGAGUCUCCACUGACUCGACUUAAUCCCUGGAUAUCUGCCUGUGACCUAGCACAACCUGGUACGGCACCAGAUUUACAGGGUCAAUGCUCCGCUGGUACAUUACCAGUAGCAUGGGUUGAUGAGGGUCCCGGCCCUCCAACUUGCCCAAUUUCGUGUGAAAAAUUAAAGAUGAGUACAGUGACGAAAUUGAAAACUAAAUCGUAUAAUAGUAACAGUAAUGUAAUGAAUAAUUAUAAAGUAAAUAUUAAGACACCCAUUGGUAACCUUAAGGAUACCGCAACAAUAAUGAAAGUUCGUCGCGACUUAAAUAAAUGGAAUAGCAACGACAGCAAUCAAACUUCUUAUGGUGACGAAAUGUCGAUAAGCACAAAAAUAUUGAAAGAGCCCGAAAAGCAAAUGCUCUCUACUUCACCUAUCCAAACAAGUUCGUUUCAAGAUCAUCCACCCAAUUUCCGCAAACGAGAGAAUUUUGUGAAAAGUAAUACAAAUGAGGGCGAAACUGGAGCAUCAUAUGAAUAUCCCGACCAUAACCCAGUUGGAUUAAAAUACAAAAAAAAUGCUGCCCUUGCAUUCAACAACAAAGAAAAUAAAGAAUAUUUCGAUUACAGAGAGCAACCGCAGCAACAGAAGGAACAACAGUGCCUUGAUUACUUGGGCGAUACAGAGGAUACAAGUCCGGCUCACUUGUGUACAUUCAAAUCGCCCGGCGAAUUGGCGGAUCGACUGCGUUCACUACGUUUACGGCAUUGUUGUGAGCGCAAUGUCUUCAGCGCCCUACACACUCUCGCUCUAAAUGCAACCCUAAGUGGUGGAGUAGAAUGCGUUCGCACUCUCAUGGAUGUUAUGGACUUAGAUCUAUUGGCUACUCGCAUCACUUGUGAACUAGCGGAAAUUCUUUUUCGCUUCGAUUGCCGUCAAGUGUAUUCAUUAAUUCACCAAUGUGAUGAUUGUAAGGAGUCUUACCGGCGUUGGGUAUGUAGCACCUUGGUACCAUAUUUUGCUGAAGAAGGUGACAUUUCUGUAUCCCCAAGUUACAACAAUAAUCGAAACAGCAAAAGUAACAGAGUGAACAAAGAAAAUAGUAAUCAAACUUUUGUUAAGGACAUUACUACAAAUAAAACUAGUUUAUUGCUUCCUAAACUAAAUUACCAGAAUGAAUUGAAAGACUUUGCAAAUUCAAAUAGGGGUUCAGCACAACGAACCAAACGCCAAAUGAACCAAAAUCUGGCAUUUUUAAAUACAUCUUCGAUUGACAACAAUAUAGUCGCACCUAUUAGAAACCUCACGUCUACGGUUUGGAAACGGAGUAAACGAAAUAUGGAUGACGAAUGCAACCGGCACCAACAUCAACCGCAACAGGGGCAAGAAAUGCGUUCACAACAACUUAAACAAUCUAAUAUCUUCAUAUCGACUGCCAUUAAUGCGGAUCCAUAUAAUGAGGAUCCAGUGAUAUCAAAAAUAAUUAAACGAUCUAAACGAAAGGUGAUAUUCCGAAAGCGUAGAAGAAUACGACCCUGCCUAAGUGUCUGCCAAACGGUAGAGCAGAAGUGCCCAUAUCUGCUCCCAGCUGAUCGAGCUCCAGCGCUGCCUACACAAUACGCCGGCGAACCAACAUUUCUUUGUUUGGAUCAGAGCAUACCAGAAACUGGUGAACAAUUGCGUAAAUCAAGCUAUGGGCCUUCCGAAUGCUGUUAUAGCUACUGUAAUAACAUCGCACAUGGAAUUUGUGCCUCCUGCAAUGAGUUCAUACAAGAUAAAGAGGACGUUUCUCCAAUUGUAAGUUCAACUCCACGUUUGCACAAUAUCACGCUAACAGCGACUGGCCAGUAUCGAUUGGAUGCCCGUUUGGAAGCAACCUUGGCGAAAGACUCGACGAAUAAAAUGGCUGCCAGCAUAUCAGUUGCACUAAAAAAUAGAUCAGAAACAGCGAUAAGUGGCCAAAUCGAACGUUUACAAUAUUAUGCCCUCUAUGAUGGCAUCUAUUACUACGACGAGAACACGGCCGAUAUGCCUGAAACCGCGAUCUCGGACGAUUGCCCACCAGUACCGUCGGUGACAAGUCGCUGUUCUAUACCGUACUACGCCUCAUCGGCGGUGGCCAUCCGCUUACAACAAAAAACAGUACCAAAAGAUGUAAGUGGACACCACAUGCUGUUAUUGCUCAGCGCAAUGCUGUGUUUGCUGACGAGUCAAACUGCCGCAAUUCAGUUAAAAAGUCAGACACAUCCGAAUCAAAAGCUGCGUAAAUACAUACUGCAGAGUAUUUUUAUAAAGCAUUUUUAUGUCAGACAUUCCCCAUCUAGGGUGAGGUACAAACUUUCUUCAUCUAUAGUUGCAACAAAUGAAUUCAUUUACUUGGCUGAACAUUCUGCCGUAAAACAAAAAAUUCAAAAAAUAGCCUGGACCGUCAGUUCGUUGGAAAACUUCACAGAACCCACCAUACUCUGUAUUAGUAGUGAUAUUUACGAAAUCAAUACGAGUAGCAUCAGUCGUAGCGUCCAUGAAUGUGGCAGAUUUAUACAUUGUUGCAUUGAGAAAAACCUCAAUACUAAGUGUAAAAGUUCAAAAGAAAUCAAGCAAAGAAAUCAAGAAUCCAGUGGACAUCAAAAUCGAAAUAGAUUAGUAAGCGUAAAUAAAACUAUAAAUGGUAAAUGGAAUGGGAAGAAAACAGCGUUCAGUACAGAAUAUGGUGUAUUAAAUCGAUUAAAUGAGAAUUACAUUCGUAGUACUAAGUACAGGGGCUAUGUAAGGUAUAAUUAUGUUCAGAUGAAUAUAGGAAAUAAUAAUAAAAUUACUUAUAGAUUAAAUAGCCAAUUGUAUUUUAAUAGUAAUACUAAAAUCUAUCGUAGGAAAAAGAGUAGUAAAAUUAGAAAUUUUAAUAUCGCUACCAACACAGACUAUACUAAAUAUCAUAAAAAUGAUGUAAUUGAAAUAACAACAUCAAAUUUAAAUAAUUAUCUGAAAACGAAAGAAAACUUAAAUUAUUGCAAUUACACAAACAAUUGUAAGUCUAAUAAUAAGGAUAGCAUUGACACAUUUUAUUUUAAUAAUGCAGAAAAAAAUUAUCAGAUCAUUUACUACUAUAAUUUCAAUAUUAAUGAUUGGUGGCGACGAUGGUGGCGGUUCCCGUGGACAUGGUCUACUCUGCGACAACCCCUUGUCAUAUUAUAGUUCCCGUGCUGCCUUUUCAAAUAACAGCGUUUGAUGUCUGUAUUCGUAAGAUUUUUAUUUUAUGUUAAUUUUCAUACAACUCUUCACUAGUUUUUACAUUUCCCACGUAAGUGUGAACAUCUUGUCACAUUUCUGACUUUGUUCUUUAACUAAAGUUUUCAAAGCACUAUGAGUUUUGACUGAAAAAGUAGUUGCCAGAAGUCCUGAUGGUUGCCUACAUUCUUAGGCAACAAGGAAAACAUUUAAAAUAUGAAAUACUUCUUUCUACUGGCGUUUAUAUACAUACAUACCAACAUAUUCGCUACAUGUACUCGUAUACUCGAAAUGAAUUUCCCUGCGAUAUAUUUAUUGUUUCUGUCCAUUUAUCAAAAGUUUUUUUUUUUGUCAUACAUUGUUAUAGUUUGCAUCAUUCGGGCAGUAGAAUUUUAGUAGUUAUAAGGUACUUCUUAACUAGGAGAAAUCAUAAUCCUAGCCAGUCAGCUCAUUUUUUCCCGUACAAGUACUUAUAUACUAUAUAAAGACAUAAAUUUGUAAAAUCAAUAGCUUUGUAUUUGAUUAAGCCCCAUAUUUUUCGGAUAAGUUCGAUUCCGUUUGCAUUGUACAACUCCCAUUGAAAUAUCUUAGUGUAAAAUUCGAACAAUAAAUUGUAAUCAAAUAUGCAAUUAUAAUAUUAAAUAUGUAUUUAUAUGUAUUUGUGUCCGUUGUGCUCGUUUACAGAAGACAACUUUUGCUGCCCAAGGGCGCCGACUUGCUCGUACCAUUCUUUUAGUUUUGAAAUACUUUGAGUGUUUGCAAUUGCGUUCAAUUCGAAUGAGUAUUUACAGUAUAAAUACAUAUGCAACAAAAGUUUCCGUAUAUAAACCCGGACAUUCACACCUUUGUUGAAGCUGUUUUGAAAUUGCCCCAAAUUUAAUAGUAUGCUGGUGUUUAGAAUAUACAUAUGUAUGUACUUAGGGUGCCAGUUUUACGUGAAAGUGCCUGCAGAGUGGAGGCUCAAAGCCGAACCGAGCGCACAGCUAAUUUCGAUCAGCGCUAAUUUUAGCAAAGUAGAUGCAAGAUUCAGCGUUGACUUCCGCACAUACUUUGCUAUUAUACUGUUUUGUUUUGCUCUGUUUUUGUUCGUAACAGCUUCUUUUAACCACAAAUGUUUUAGCUCGAAUAUAAUUUUAGUUAAAACUAGAAAUAUAAUUAAUUAAUUAAAGUUUUGUGGGCAAAAAAUAAA